ACAGUUUAAUAAGAGACAAUGAUGCGACUACUGCAGCUGUCCCCAGGCAAUUAAACUCUUCAGCGAAUUUCUUUACUAUUGCUUUUGAACAGGGAACUGUUUGCUAUUUUAGGGCACUCGUGCGGUAAAGAACUUCACUGAAAAAUGCAAAUAUGUUUUGCUAAUGUGGGAGAAAGAUGAUGAUCCUCUGAACCUGUGACUUGGAAGAGGGGGAUAAAAAGACAACUAUUUAUUGAGUUCUUGCCUCGCUCUUGCUGAUUCGAUGCACACAACCCCACGAACAUUCAGACUCAUGGCUUGACAAAGUGGGGAUAACCGGGAGCUGCAGCCCCGUCUUUGAAGCUUUUGUAAAGACAAACGGUCUGCAAUGUUAAGCCUUAAAUUGGCUUCUGGCGGACUCCAGCCUUUUACCCUUCGUUUGGUAGAUGUUUUCACCUCGCUGUCAUUAAGCAGGGUCAGGAAAGGAAAGGGCCGUGACCGGGUCGCCGCGGGCGCUCUCUGGGCGAUGAGGGUCUCCUGAGCGAGCAAGACCAGUCUCUCUCCGACUCGCCACGCGCCGCGCGCCGGUUCCUCUGCUCCCCCACGCCGGGGGCGCAUCCUCCCGGGAGCUGCUGCCCUUUUCCAACAUGGCGCCGCGGGAGGCGGGUCCCGCUCGUCGGCUCCCGGGGUUCCGGCGCCGCGCGUUUUGGUUCCGGAGUAACAGCGUCGCCACCGCCUUCCUCCUCCUCCUCUCGCCGCUACCGCCGUCGCCGCCGCCGCGGCCGCCGCAGGUCCGCGUGGCCUCGGGUGGCCGGAGCUCAGCCUGCGCGCGCCGCGCCCUGUGUCUCCGGGUGGGGCAGAAGACUCGCCCCUUGACUCUCCCGCAGGGACUCUCCGUGGUGUGGCGGCCCUGGGGCUCUUUCUUAAUAGCCCCGGACUGAGUCCCCUCUAGUCGAGGACCCUCUCCUAGUCCACUGACGAGCGGUGGAUACCUGCCGCAGUCCUUUCCCUGCUGCCUCCUUAUACCCACACGGCGGCAGAGAGCUUCACCAUAGCGUUCGCUCAACUCCAGAACCUUCCGACCUCCGCUAGUUCCUGCGGGCCUCUGCCCGCUUCCUGGUGCACCCUCCCCGGGAGACACCUCAGACCCCCGACAGCCUGGGCAGGCUCGGUGCCUGCGGGUGCGUUCCUGAUCACCCCUCCCCUCUUCCCUCCCCCUCAUCCUCCAGUCCCUUGUUUUCACUCUCUGUCCUCUGCCCCUCACUCCCCUUGUCACCUCUUGGAGCCCCCUCCUAACCAGCGACCAGUGGGUAUCCCCUACCCCAGGAUGUGAGCCUCUUUAACCUGUAAUGCUGUGGCUAGCCCUUGGCCCCUUUCCUGCCAUGGAGAACCAGGUGCUGGUAAUUCGCAUCAAGAUCCCAAAUAGUGGCGCGGUGGACUGGACAGUGCACUCCGGGCCGCAGUUACUCUUCAGGGAUGUGCUGGAUGUGAUAGGCCAGGUUCUGCCUGAAGCAACAACUACAGCAUUUGAAUAUGAAGAUGAAGAUGGUGAUCGAAUUACAGUGAGAAGUGAUGAGGAAAUGAAGGCAAUGCUGUCAUAUUAUUAUUCCACAAUAAUGGAACAGCAAGUAAAUGGACAGUUAAUAGAGCCUCUGCAGAUAUUUCCAAGAGCCUGCAAGCCUCCUGGGGAACGGAACAUACAUGGCCUGAAGGUGAAUACUCGGGCCGUACCCUCUCAACACAGCAGCCCAGCAGUCUCAGAUUCACUUCCAAGCAAUAGCUUAAAGAAGUCUUCUGCUGAACUGAAAAAAAUAUUAGCCAAUGGCCAGAUGAAUGAACAAGACAUACGAUAUCGGGACACUCUUGGUCAUGGCAACGGAGGCACAGUCUACAAAGCAUAUCAUGUCCCGAGUGGGAAAAUAUUAGCUGUAAAGGUCAUACUACUAGAUAUUACACUGGAACUUCAGAAGCAAAUUAUGUCUGAAUUGGAAAUUCUUUAUAAGUGUGAUUCAUCAUAUAUCAUUGGAUUUUAUGGAGCAUUUUUUGUAGAAAACAGGAUUUCAAUAUGUACAGAAUUCAUGGAUGGGGGAUCUUUGGAUGUAUAUAGGAAAAUGCCAGAACAUGUCCUUGGAAGAAUUGCAGUAGCAGUUGUUAAAGGCCUUACUUAUUUGUGGAGUUUAAAGAUUUUACAUAGAGACGUGAAGCCCUCCAAUAUGCUAGUAAACACAAGAGGACAGGUUAAGCUGUGUGAUUUUGGAGUUAGCACUCAGCUGGUGAAUUCUAUAGCCAAGACGUAUGUUGGAACAAAUGCUUAUAUGGCGCCUGAAAGGAUUUCAGGGGAGCAGUAUGGAAUUCAUUCUGAUGUCUGGAGCUUAGGAAUCUCUUUUAUGGAGCUUGCUCUUGGGAGGUUUCCAUAUCCUCAGCCUCUCCAGCUUCUGCAGUGCAUUGUUGAUGAGGAUUCGCCCGUCCUUCCAGUUGGAGAGUUCUCGGAGCCAUUUGUACAUUUCAUCACUCAGUGUAUGCGAAAACAGCCAAAAGAAAGGCCAGCACCUGAAGAAUUGAUGAUUUGUAUUUCAGAAGCCUUUUCUACUGUUGUGAGACAUGGAGAGAAGCUGAUGUGGGAAUCACAGAUGUGCAUUUCAGUCUGCAUUCGCCAUUUUUAUGUCUUAGCAUCCGCUCUGUGCCCAGCAUCCUGCCUGACGCCGAGGAGGCGGCAUGUCAGCCCCAAGUCCUGACCCCCCAGCCAGCUCACAGUCCAGUGAGGAAGGUGAGGGUAGACACAGCCAAGCACAGGAUAGAAUGUGAGAAUCGCCAGAGACCCCCCCUCACCUUCUCCUCCCACCUUCACCUACUCCUUCACCUCAGGCCACUCCUGUGGAGUCCUGUGCUCCAAACUUCUGGCAGUCCCCAGAUGCAUGAGGCAUCCUCACACAGUCAUGUCUUUGCUUGUGCUGUUUCCUCACUGCCAGAUGGUGAACUUCUCCACCUCCGAAACCCAACUGGCACAACCUCUGUGAAGCUUUCCUAAGCGUGCUUCAGUUGGGUUGAGGACUUCCUUUUGCCUGUCACCCUUCACCCUGGCUAAUACUUCUGUUAAUGCGCUCCUCACGCUUUGUGGCAGUAACUUGUGGUAACAGUCAAUAAAGGAGACCACAACCCCUCGAGGAAGAGAUCAUGUCUUAUCUUUGUAUCCUUAGCAUCUAGCCCAGUCUCCAGCCUGAGUAGAAUGCUCAAAUAAAUGGUCAUUGAAUUUAAAUGAUAUGAAUUUAACAAGUGAAAUGAAUUUCUGCUAGGGGUAUCUGGGGAGGCUUUGAGAAUGGAGUGACAGGUGAGCUGGGACCCACGGACAUUUGGGU